UGUCGAUUUUAAAAAAUUGCGUGUUCCCUCGAAAAAAGAUAUUACCAAAGUUUUACCAGCUGAGCAAGAGAAAACAGAUUCUGUGAGACCUUUAGUUUACCUUGCGCCUUUUGGAUUUCCUGCUCGUCUUCUUAGGGCGGUUCCUUCCGUUAAAGCACAAGAUGAUUUGCUUGAACUCUGGCUGAAACGGUUUCCACUAGAAGCUUUAAAAACAAAGUCCAGAGCUCCUUUAAAUUCCUGCGACUUGCCGGGAAUGGUGUGGGUCUUAAUUGAGAAAAGCGGCAUCCGUAUGCGCUAUCCGACUGCGCUAACUUUUCAUAUGAGUUAUGCUCCUACACAACCAAGCACUGCACACUCUUUAGCUGAAGCGGCCUUCUCACAAGUCUGGAUCCGCUUCAUCCAAAAGGAAUUCACGGCCCCCCAAAAGCUUGUUUUUCAGAAUCUCAAACUUUGUGAAAAUUCCAAGUCGAAUUCUAAAGAGACUAGCAGCUUUAGCUCAGAAUCUCCUUGUAAUGUGACGACGGGCACUCCAGAUGGAAAGCCGGCUCCCCACCACGUGGCUCCUUUGAGAAUGCUCCAUAAGAAAGCUGAGAUCGUGCGUGAGAACGACAUUUGUGACAUCACUCUUGAGGACUUCAGCUUUUUUGACGAUCCCCCGUCCUCUCGGAAAAGAAAACCCUCGGAGCUCGGUCAUGCUGCCGCCGUUUGCGAAGAUUUCGGUGACACCGCUAAUUCUCCACAAGCUUCAAGGAAAUUAACCAAGAAGGCUGCCUUUGAUGAUCCGCUUAAACGCCACAAGCUGUCCAACAACAUCAUUUUGGGGCUUCAUGAAAAAAAAACAAGACACGUGCUACUUCAUGAUAAAAAGACUAUUAUUCCCGUGGCUUACGCUCCAGUUCCAUUAAAGUUGGACUGCUUCACCGAACUCGGUGUAGAAGUGCGCAGAAAGGAAUCUCUUAAGGAGAGAAGGAGAUAUGACCGCCAUAUGAGGCAGACCAAAUGCCAAGCACGCAAGCGCAAGUAUAGAUGCAAUGCGUGGAAGAUUUGCUCAAUUGUUGACGUUAAACAAGACACCUGCAGGCGGAUUGCAUGCCCAGUGAGACUUAAGAAAACUAUGGGCUUCCCGUUUCCUUUGGAUAAAGGCGCCUCAUUGCCUGCACCAUCUAGACGCGUUUUUUUUCCUUGCGUAUCAAUCGCGCCACUUUUUCAAAGAGGGGAAAGAGCCGCUACCACCUCUGAAACUUCGACCCAAAAAAUCUCCACCGUCGAUAGCUUUAUUGCUUAUGCCUUGCUUUCCUUCUUGCCCACUGCUGCCUACCUUUCUCUACAAAAGAAAACGUGUUCUGAGGAGACCUCUUUCUGCUCGAGCAGCAAAAGCAGCGACACACUGAACGUUAUAAAAAGCAGCAAUUGUUGUUCCAGCAGCUGCAACACCAAAAACUGCCAGGCGUGCCUUGCUAGCACGGCUUUGCAGUAUUUUUCAGACACCGCCUUAGAAAGUCUUGCUGACUGGGGAGUUCUAGAGAACGAUUUUGAGCUUCUAUUUGUUAGCGAAAAUGCCAGCAGGGCUUAUUGGAAAGCGCAACACCGUUUCACCUUUCAGCUAUUAAGCCAUCUGACGGCUUUUAAAGAAACCGGCGAUAAGCUUGGCACUCCUCUUGAGUUACCAAGUGACUCACCAUGGAUAGAUGCAGAACCCUUUUUAUCCGUGCCGUGUGUUUCAACGGUUAUAAGUGAUUCUUUAAAACAACUGAAGAAACUCUUUGAGGAAAACAGCGUCUUCCUUAGACCUCGAGGCCCCUUGACCAUUCGCGAACUGGCUGCCCUCUCAAAUUCGCCCGAGACGGACACGUGUUUUGUCGACAAGCUCAGCGACUCACCCUCUUUCACUAAGAACGGCGAAGAAAGCGAAGAGAAAGUGCAGGAAACGCUUGUGCAACCGCUUUCGGUGCCCUCCGUCGUGGUAGGGUACGAAGAUGACUGGAUAUCCGUCUCCCCUUUUGCCUUGGCCCUUUGGGAAAAGUUGUCUCUGGAGCCAUUUUCUGCAGGAAAAGCGGUGGAAUAUGUGGCGCUUGCACCCGCCACUCCUCUUAUCGCCUCACGCUUACGCCUGUUUCUAAAAGAGCUCUCUAGUGUUUACGAGACUUUAAGGCUUGGUACGCACGUGCCUUUGGAGAGUCCUUUAUUAAGAGAUGGCGUCUACCUUGCUGGCCACGACGCGCAACCUCCACAGCCUCGUGUUCAGUACAGCAAGGCCUUCUCCCUUUCAAAUUUUGCUGGAAAAGAAGAGCUUGAACGAUAUUACACAGCCUGCGUUUGCAUUGGAAAAAUGCUUUCUUCUAAAAUAUCCGGAAAGCCUAAUGCCGAGUCUGCACGCGUUGCAGCUCUUCUUCCCCACUAUGUUAUAUACCUUGUCGAUCCCCUCGAAAGCGAAUGUUCGCAGUUCGACUUCAGUUUUUGUAUGGCAGCACUUCGCUCUUGCCUCCCUAAAUUUCUCGGACCACGUCUGACAUUGCAGGUCCUUUCGGUUGCUAAUCUUCUUGAGCCAGGAUUGGGCAAAGGGGCUCUGGCAUCACCGGUGUCCCUUGUAGACUGUGCAAAAUCCAUAGCUUUUAGCGUUUUUUCCAAAAUGCGGGUGUUAGUUCAUUCAAAAAUCCCUUUGCCAAAAAGCCCAGUUGAUUUAUUUCCGCAAUCCAGCGUGGAGCUUUACGGUCCUGCAUUUGUACUAUCUACCUCUCAACCUGACUCAGUUGUUUGUUCGACAGGCGCUUUGUUGCGCUCUUUCGAAGGAGAGAUUGGUCUGUUGCACUGCUCUUAUACUCUUUCUGACGAUUGGUUACUCUGUGUCUGGGCGGACGCCACGGGAGAGCUUUUAAGGCCCCGCAGCUAUUUGCUAUCUGCCUCCAACUCCACGUCUAAGAAAGAAGGCGUCGCAGUUUCCAUUAUAAUGAACUCCGCUCGAACUAUAAUUGCUGAGACUGCCAUGCCUUGGAGAAUUGUCGUGGUAAAAGUUGAUAGCUUUACGUCUGUUGAGCUGGAAGAAUGGAAACAUUUUUGUGGGGAAAAACCUCUGGAGCUUAUAAACACAGAGUUUUUUGAAGAGUGCAAAGUUUGUUCAAGGGUCCCUUGGUAUGAGCGUCCGGCGAUUCUUUCUUUGAGUGUAUUAUCGCUAAGUAUUGAUAAACAAAUGCAAUUUUUACUCCCCCUUCCUCCCUCGACCACCUUUGAAGGGAUACGUGGCUCACAGAACGAUCACUUAGCAACUUUUGCUGUAGAGGACUUGCUGUCAAAGUCUACUUGUAUUGCCUUUCCCCACGCCCUGAUACCUUUAGAAACAUAUAAACUUCGCAUGGAUCCUCUAACCACCUGUUAUUUAGCCACUACACCGACGCCUUCUAUGCAGCUUCAUCCUGCAAAAGUUACCUGCACGCGUCCCUCUCCUUUCUUACUAAGUCUGCGCUCCUUAGUUCUUGUAAAGCUCGACAUGGUGGCGCAUCACUCACUUCUAGUGGAGCCGGCCUCUCCUACUUUACGUAUAUACCAUGAGGCUAGUACCCGCAGCUCUUGUAUGGAUACCUCCUCUAAUUAUGCUGCUGCUCUUAAAUUUGUUGCUGAGGAAUACAAUCGGAUGUCGUGGCAUACCUUUACUCCUCUAAGUCAGGAGCGCCGUUCUUGCUUACCGCAUCACAUCUGCAUCCUUACCCGAUUGAUUUCUCAGUUCAAGAACAAUUUUACAUCUCCAUUAGUUUUGCAUCUUUUUUCUCAGCUGUCUUCGUAAAUUUUUAAGAUGGUGGCCGGAUAUGAGUUAUCUUAACUUCCAUUAAUAUGCCUUGCGUAACCACUAUUAUACCUUUGAAUGCAUCUUAAUAAAGCAUUCUAGCCAUAAUUACAAUUGCUAAGGA